GUAGUAAUUUAGUAGGCACGUGGUGGGGCAACCAGAGUGAACGACUGCAAAAGAGAGAGGCAGGAUUUUUCCUUGCGAUGGCUAGAACUCAGGAACUUUUGAUUCUGGAAAACUUCAUAGAUGGAAAAUUUUUACCUUGUCACUCAUAUAUAGAUUCCUAUGACCCAUCAACAGGAGAAGUAUAUUGCAGAGUGCCAAAUAGUGGAAAAGAAGAGAUAGAAGCUGCGGUCCAGGCUGCCAGAGCAGCCUUUCCUGGUUGGUCAUCCUGGAGCCCCCAGGAACGCUCAAGGGUCCUGAAUAAGCUGGCAGAUUUGCUGGAACAGUCCCUGGAGGAGUUCGCCCAGGCGGAGUCUAAAGACCAAGGGAAGACCUUAACUCUGGCAAGAACCAUGGACAUCCCGCGGUCGGUGCAGAACUUCCGGUUCUUUGCUUCUUCCAUCCUGCACCACACGUCGGAGUGCACGCAGAUGGACCACGCAGGCUGCUUUCACUACACAGUGCGGAGCCCUGUGGGAGUCGCUGGUUUGAUCAGUCCCUGGAAUUUGCCACUCUACUUACUGACCUGGAAGAUAGCUCCGGCCAUUGCUGCUGGGAAUACUGUGAUAGCCAAGCCCAGCGAGCUGACGUCAGUGACUGCGUGGAUGUUGUGCAAGCUCUUGGAUAAGGCAGGUAUUCCACCAGGUGUGGUCAAUAUUGUGUUUGGAACGGGGCCCAGAGUAGGUGAGGCCUUGGUGACCCAUCCAGAGGUACCCCUGAUUUCCUUCACUGGGGGCCAACUGACAGCUGAGCGCAUUACCCAUUUGAGUGCUCCCCACUUCAAGAAGCUCUCCCUGGAGCUGGGGGGCAAAAAUCCUGCCAUCAUCUUCGAUGAUGCCAACCUGGAGGAGUGUAUUCCAGCAACUGUCAGGUCCAGCUUUGCUAACCAGGGUGAAAUCUGCCUCUGUACCAGCAGGAUCUUUGUCCAGAAGAGUAUCUACAGUGAAUUUUUAAAGAGGUUUGUCGAAGCCACCAGAGAAUGGAAAGUUGGCAUUCCCUCUGAUCCAUCAGCCAGCAUGGGUGCUCUGAUAAGUAACACACAUUUGGAAAAAGUCAGAAGUUAUAUCAAGAAAGCUCGUGCUGAAGGGGCCCAAAUUCUUUGUGGUGAGGGAGUGGAUACGUUGGAUCUUCCCCCUAAAAAUCGGGCAGGCUACUUCAUGCUUCCCACAGUGAUAACAAACAUUACGGAUGAAUCCUGCUGCAUGAAGGAAGAGAUAUUUGGCCCAGUGACGUGUGUCGUCCCCUUUGAUAAUGAAGAGGAAGUGAUUAAAAGGGCCAACAACGUCAAAUAUGGGCUGGCAGCUACAGUGUGGUCCAGCAACGUGGGACGCAUCCACCGAGUGGCUAAGGGUUUGCAGUCAGGCCUGGUGUGGACCAACUGCUGGCUCAUCAGAGAGCUGAAUCUUCCUUUUGGGGGGAUGAAGAGUUCUGGGAUAGGUAGAGAAGGAGCCAAGGACUCUUAUGAGUUCUUCACUGAAAUCAAAACCAUCACCGUUAAACAUUGAUCUUUGCCCGUGGCGAAGGUAUUACAUCCAUGUCUAGCUGCAGAAAAUUAGCUGUCCAAUGUGGUGAAUGAAAAUAAUGAUUUAAAUUCCAGUCACGUCUCGACGACAGAAAGUUAUCUCUAGUUUUUCCUUGGGGGUUAGUAUUUUUUACCCUCUGGUAAAGAGAUCCUGUAUAUUUUCAGUGUGGAUCAGAGAAGACUUCUGACUCAGAAGGCACAACGAGGAGGCCAAACAAUCAUCUGGCUUCUCUCAUGUUGUCUUUUAUUUUUAUUUUCUUCAUCAUUUUGAUUGAAUUCUUGAGAAUCCCCAGAUAAUCUGAUAUUUUUAUUUGUAAGCCUAUGGUUUUUAAGAAAGUCUAUGAAGCCAAACAGGAACUCUAACUUUUUACUAUUGGGCCAAUUGUGGAGCUGGUCUGCUCAUUCAUUAGCCACCAGCAUGCCUAAUGGCUAUACAAUAGCCACAGCAAUUGGCUAUACCUAUCACAUAAGGCGUGGUGGAUGCCUACUGAAUUUGUCAGAGAAGGCCUACGUGGUUGGUCCUGCUAAAUAUAUUUGUGUAGGACAAAGAAAAAUAAAGUACUACUUUCAGGGGAACUUGAAAUAAAAAGAGAAAAUACUUUGAUCCAUUCCUACUGUAGAGUCUAAUCAAUUCAAAUUCUUACUUUAUAUAUCUAAAAAACCUUACAAUUUAUUAAUCCUAAAAGGAGUAGUAAAUAUCAAGCAAUUUGUAACAAG